CGCUCGGACUGCGAGUAGCGGCGAGGAUGUGAGUGAGGAGCAGGCGGCGACGCUCGCCACGCUGCUGCCGCCGCCGCGGCCGCUGCUGCUCCCGGACUGCCGCAGCUCCGCCAGCGCUCAGGGAAGCCGCCGCUGCCGGGACCGAACAGCUCCGUGCGGCUGCCCCUGUCUUGCUCACGGCGGUGGAUCAGCACGUACCGAACUGCAAGCUCACGAGGCAGCCGUGGCGGGUGGAAGGUGACCCCCCCCCAUCUUCCUCCGUGCACCUCCGCCUCCUCCCGGAGGAGGAGCAGCAGCAAGCGGAGAGCUAGAGAGCGCAGGGAAACAGAAGCGGCUAGAAAGCGACCCCCACCCAGCCAGCCCCCCGGAGGAGCAGUGGAAUCGUUUCCCACCCCACCGGGUCAGCAGCGGCAGCACCAGGUAGAAGAAGCCAUCUCUGGCAGCAGGAGCGAACUAAAAGCAGACGAUCCCCCUUGCUGAAACGGGCAACAGGAUCAGGUACGGAGAGCCACCCCCCGCCCCUGCAGCCCGGGGGGGAAGACUGAGCCAGCCCCUACCCCGGUGGCAGCGGCAGCAGCUCCCCAGCCAGCAGCACCAUGUCCGCCGCGCAGGUGUCCUCGUCGCGGAGGCAGUCAUGCUAUCUAUGCGAUCUGCCCCGCAUGCCCUGGGCCAUGAUCUGGGACUUCACGGAGCCCGUCUGCCGGGGCUGCGUUAAUUAUGAGGGCGCCGACCGCAUCGAGUUCGUGAUCGAGACGGCCCGGCAGUUGAAGCGGGCGCACGGCUGCUUCCAGGACGGUCGCUCCCCGGGCCCCCCGCCGCCGGUCGGCGUAAAGGCAGUGACGCUUUCCGCCAAAGAAGCGGCGGCGGCGGCGGCCCAGCAGCAGCUCAACCAUGUGGAUGCCACUUCCAAGGCGGCCUCAGCGGGGCUGACCCAGUCCAGCCUGGACCGCUACGGGCUCAGCGCCGCCGCGGCGGAGCAGCGCAGCCGCUUCGAGUACCCGCCGCCGCCGGGCAGCCUGGGCAGCAGCCAUGGCGCCCGCCUGCCCAACGGACUGGGGGGGCCCAAUGGCUUCCCCAAGCAGCCUGAGGACGGGCCACCGGAGCUGAACCGGCAAAGCCCCAACUCCUCCUCCUCCUCUUCCUCCUCCCGUCGCGGGGCGCACGGGGGGCUCGUAUCUGGCCUGCCCCCGGGGGCCGCCGGCGCUCAGAUGAAUGUGCCCCCCAACCUGCUGCCGCAGACGCUGCUGAACGGCCCCGCUGCCUCCGGCGUGGCGCUGCCUCCGCCGCACGGGGGCCUGAGCGGCCGCGGCGGCGGGGGUCCCCCCGCUCCCUCCGCCUCUUCCCAAGGGGGCACCUGCGGCGGUGGUGCCGGGGGAGGCGGCGGCUCGUCCUCCGAGGCCUGCGGCAAGCGGCCGGGCUCGGUUUCCAGCAGUGACCAAGAGCGGGAGCUGAAGGAGAAGCAGCGCAACGCGGAGGCGCUGGCCGAGCUCAGCGAGAGUUUGCGGAAUCGGGCCGAGGAGUGGGCCAGCAAGCCCAAGAUCGUGAGGGACACACUGCUCACUCUGGCCGGCUGCACCCCCUACGAGGUGCGCUUCAAGAAGGAUCACGCCCUGCUGGGCCGCGUCUUUGCCUUCGACGCCGUCUCCAAGCCGGGCAUGGACUAUGAGCUGAAGCUUUUCAUCGAGUACCCUAGCGGCUCCGGCACCGUCUUCUCCAGCGCCUCCGGCGUGGCCAAGCAGAUGUACCAGGACUGUAUGAAGGACUUCGGUCGUGGCCUCUCCUCGGGCUUCAAAUACCUGGAAUACGAGAAGAAGCACGGCUCUGGCGACUGGCGGCUCCUGGGAGACCUACUGCCCGAGUCUGUGCGCUUCUUCAAGGAGCUGGUGGGCGCCGACAUGCUGCCGCAGCCCUACCUGGACGCCAGCUGCCCCAUGCUGCCCACGGCGCUGGUGAGUCUCCCGCGGCCGGGGGCCGGGGCCGGCGGGGCGCAGGGCACGGCCGCAGCCUCUAGGGGACCUGGCGGCGGCGGCGGCGGCGGCGGCGGCGGGGCGAUGCGCAAGAGGAAAGCUUCUCCUGAACCCUCGGAUUCGGCCGAGGGGGCUCUGAAGCUCAGCGACGAGCAGCAGCGGCAGCAGUGGAUGGCCAGCCAGAGCGAAGCGCUCAAGCUCACCAUGUCGGCCGGGGGCUUCGGGGCGGUGCACGGCGGUGGCCCCCCGCCACCGCCGCCCCUCGGGCCUCACUCCAACCGGACCACGCCACCCGAGUCCGCCCCCCAGAACGGACAGUCCCCCAUGGCCGCGCUCAUGUCGGUGGCCGACACGCUGGGCAAUGCCCACUCGCCCAAGGACGGCAGCUCGGUGCACUCCACCACGUCCACCCGCAGGAACAGCAGCAGCCCCGUGUCGCCGGCCUCGGUGCCGGGCCAGCGCCGUCUGGCCUCCCGCAACGGGGACAUGAACCUGCAAGUGGCCCCUCCUCCCCCCAGCACCCACCCCGCCAUGGACCAAGUGCACCCCCAAAACAUUCCGGACUCCCCCAUGGCCAACAGCGGGCCCCUGUGCUGCACCAUUUGCCACGAACGCUUGGAGGACACCCACUUUGUUCAGUGCCCCUCUGUGCCCAGCCACAAGUUCUGCUUCCCUUGUUCCAGAGAGAGCAUCAAGGCCCAAGGGGCGACUGGUGAAGUCUACUGCCCCAGUGGAGAGAAAUGCCCCCUAGUCGGUUCCAAUGUGCCUUGGGCAUUUAUGCAGGGCGAGAUCGCGACCAUUUUAGCUGGGGACGUUAAAGUGAAAAAGGAGAGAGACCCUUGAGUAAGAAAUCCAAUCCCUUCAGACUCCUGAAGAUGUAGAAUUGUGAAUAUAACAAACUGCAAAAGUUAGUCUUAUGUAUAGACAUUAUUUUCGUCGUAUGUUUCUAUAUUUUGAAACAAAGGUAUGUACUCUUCUUCAUUUGAAGGAUAGAGCUGGUUUUUGUUAAACAGAAUAUAAUAUUGUUUGGUUACUACAUAAUACCUGUUCUCAUUUCUUUGGCAGUGUGUUGGCUAGGUACAAAGUUAAUAGCCCUUAGCGAUUACCUGCUGCUGGUGUGUAUUUUUGUAAAUGUAUGCACUUCUCUGAAAGAAGAAGAAAAACACAAAAGACAAAAAAAAAAUUUUGCCAAGGCCAGUGUUGAUGCCUAAAAAAUUGCUACAAAAAUGGUGACAGCUUAUGUUUUACAAGCCCUGAGUGUUAGUCUUUCACCUUUUUUUUUUCGUUUUUGGUUUUUUGUUGCAAAACGGUGGGGUGGCUGUGGGGGGAGGGUGUUUUUUUGUUGCAAGUUUGUAAGGAAAAUGUUUCCGUUUGUUUCUAUUGAUCUGAACGUUUUUUAAUCUUCAUGUGUUUUUUGUUUUUGCUUUUAUUGAUGCACGGAUGCUUUUGAACAGUAGAGCAAAAUGCUGUACAUGAGAAACAUGCUCUGUUUGUCCUUUAUACAUUUCUGUAGUUAACAGAACACUGUAAUGUGCCUUGGAGCUUAGUAAAUUGUAAUAAAUUCAAUUGAUAUUAAUA